AAUUUCCUGUUCCUGGCAUUUCAGGGCUUCCGUAGAUCAGUGAUGCUGGGGUGUUGUUUUGGUUUUCUCUGAAUCAGAUUAGACCACGCCCCUAUAGAUGUUUGGCCACGCCUCCUUCAUCAGACGCUGUUGUGUUGGUUUCCGGCAUCAGGAGGUUGUAGCUGCAGGUUCAUUAGUGUGUGUUUGUGUUUGUGUGUGUGUGUGUGUGUGUGUGCGUGUGCGUGUGUGUGUGUGUGUGUGUGUGUUCGUUAACGUGCCAAUCUUCGGAUACUGUCACCGCUUUGCACCACAGCCGGACCGCCGGGCAUUCAUGCCAGUUACCGCCGAGGCUCCACGGCCGUUUUCCCAGCGAUGACCGAGAGCCCCGAGUCCAAACCUGCCAGCAACGGGGAAGUGUGUCCGCAUGCGAGGAACGGGCUGAAACCGGAGCGGAACGGCUUCCUAAAGAGCCUCCACCGGGACCGGGACCGGAACCGGGAAGAGGAAGAGGCAUUACUGGCGACUUCCCAACAGAGCAGGUCCAACGUCCCUCCUGGUUUCCUAACUUCAGUCCAAGCAGCGCCGCAUCAUGGCGGCUUGUACAACCGGCCCUUCCUGGAGUCUUUUGAGGAGACGCCCAUGCUGGUGGCCGUCCUCACCUACAUGGGCUACGGCAUCCUCACCGUCUUCGGCUACCUGCGGGACUUCCUGCGCCACUGGAAGAUCGAGAGGUGCCAUAUCGCCAGGGAGAAGGAGGAGCAGAAGGACUUUGUGCCGCUCUACCAGGACUUUGAGAACUUUUACACCAGGAACCUCUACAUGAGGAUAAGGGACAACUGGAACAGGCCCGUCUGCAGCGUCCCAGGACCCAAGAUGGACCUGGUGGACCGGGUGUCCCACGACUACAACUGGACCUUCGAAUACACGGGCCGGACCGUGAAGGCUGUCAUUAACUUGGGCUCGUAUAAUUACCUGGGCUUCGCUGAGAACACGGGCCACUGUGCUGACGCUGCAGCCGAGGUCAGCAUGGCGUACGGCGUUGGAGUGGCGAGCACCCGGCAGGAGAUCGGGAACCUGGACAUCCAUGAGGAGAUGGAGAACCUGUUGGCCAGGUUUCUGGGGGUGGAGUCGGCCAUGGCGUUCGGGAUGGGGUUCGCUACCAACUCCAUGAACAUCCCGGCUCUGACUGGCAAGGGCUGCCUGAUCCUGAGUGACGAGCUGAACCACGCCUCUCUGGUCCUGGGAGCCAGGCUGUCCGGUUCCACCGUCAGGGUCUUCAAACACAACAAUAUGCAGAGCCUCGAGAAACUGCUGAGAGAAGCUAUAGUUCACGGCCAGCCGAGGACCCACCGGCCCUGGAAGAAGAUCCUCAUCAUGGUGGAAGGCAUCUACAGCAUGGAGGGCAGCAUCGUGCGGCUGCCGGAGGUGAUCGCCCUGAAGAGGCGCUACCGGGCCUACCUGUACCUGGACGAGGCCCACAGCAUCGGCGCCCUGGGCCCCAGGGGCCGAGGCGUGGUGGAUCACUUCGGCCUCGACCCGCGAGACGUGGACGUCAUGAUGGGCACCUUCACCAAGAGCUUCGGAGCCGCAGGGGGUUACAUCGCAGGGAAGAGGGAGCUCAUCGACUACCUGCGCUGCCACUCCCACAGCGCCGUGUACGCCACCUCCAUGUCUCCUCCUGUGGUGGAGCAAAUCAUCACUUCUAUGAAGUGCAUUAUGGGAGAAGACGGAACAACGAUGGGUUCUGACCGGAUCCGGCAGCUGGCUGAGAACACCGCCUACUUCCGACGGAGACUUCGGGAAAUGGGCUUCAUCAUCUACGGGAACGACGACUCGCCCGUCGUUCCCAUGAUGCUCUACAUGCCCGCCAAGAUAGGAGCGUUCGGCCGCGAGAUGCUGAGCAGAAACAUCGGCGUGGUGGUGGUGGGCUUCCCGGCCACGCCCAUCAUCGAGUCGCGGGCGCGCUUCUGCGUCUCGGCGGCUCACUCCAGAGAGCUGCUGGACCAGGCGCUGAGUGCCAUCAGCGAGGUUGGUGACCUUCUUCAGCUCAAGUAUUUGCGUCACAGGAUCCAGCCGUCUGGGGCGCGACCCUUUGAUGACGGCGUCUACGAGGACAUCGAUGACUAACACCAGGUCACAGGUCAAGAUGCAUCACAAGUCUUCCAUGACGACGGAGAUGUUGCACAAGUCCCUGGCUCACGAUAACACCCCACCCAGCCACAUCCUGGCCUCUAACUGUACUCUGCCUUAAAGCUGCAGCAUGCUCGAAAGAAGCGCCUCUUCGUCUCAUUCUGUGUUUUUAUGAGUCUCUGUGAGGCUUCACCUUACAGAAACCAAUGAUAUUAUCACUUAACCACUAAUGAUGGUCUCUUCAGCUGAACGUUCUGGAUUUUUUCCAGCUGAGCUUUUUCAUCUGUCUGUAAAAUAUGAUGUUUGACCAACAAAAUAGUUUCCUGUUGCUUUGUUUUGCUCGAUGUUUGACGUGUUCAUAUCUCCUGUCAUCUGGUUGGUCUAAAGUUACAUCGUUCAAGAUCUGGAUGUUUCUUUUCAUGGUGGUGCUGAGCUUUUGAAGGAUGAAGAUACUUGUUCCAAAAAAAAAAAAAAAAAAAACCAGCAGGCAAACAUCAGAUCAGAACCUGCUCUUAAGGUUCUGCUAAAAAGCAAAGAAAUCUCAUUUCAGUUUUUGGAGUUUUCAUUCUUACACAGUUACUACAUCCCACUAACUGAUCUGGUCUUUCCCCGAUUUACAACAGUUUCAAGAUAACUAGAGCAAAACCUUAUGUCAGAUUAGGAUGCUGGAGGGCGCAGGAUCACUAAGGGCCUCUAGGGGGCAGUGUUUAGCAGGAUGGGACAGUUCAGGUAUCUUUUAUGUUUUAUGCCCUUAAUGUCCACAUCUGAAGCUUCAGAGGCAGAAACUCUGAAGGCGACCGACUCUCAGACGAGUUGAUCGAUGGUUUGGGUUCAAACGAGCCCAAACCAUCAUUCCUCCACCACUGUGCCGGACUGUUGGCCUCUGGUGUUUGUCCUGAUUUCCUGUCUGGUUUCCUCCAUCUCGGUUCAGAUCCAGACAUUCUCCUGUGGAAUUUAGUGCCUUGAAGUCAUUUUUUACAGAUUUGGAAAAUGUUGAGCAUCUUUAUUUUUGGUCUUCACCAGAAGUUGUGAGCGCUGGAUAUGUUUCUGUUGACUAAUGCUUUGCAUUUCAUCAUCUAAAACGCUCCACCAGAAUCACUGCAUCAAGCUGUUAAUAUAAGAGCUGCCACAUUAAAACCAUACAGAUCUGGA